GCGUUGAAUGACCACGUACUUCCAGCAGAGGGACACACAAACAACAUUAAACAAACCCUCAUCGAGCUUGAAAUCAUCGUUUUGUCGUUCCACUUACAGACACAUAGACAAAAGCACAACCAUCAUGUCGAUGUCAGUGGCGCAGGCGAGGGCAGCUUUUGAAGAGGUAAUGCAAUACGCGGAGGAGGGCAUCCACUACGAUGACGACGRGGAGCUUCGACUACUGACGGAGAUAGUGCCGAGUUACUUCGAUGUCAGAGUGAACAUUCGUGCAAGCAUCGCUGCGAACGGAGAGGAGUUGCUCAGAGCACGGAUGCUAUUGGCACGGUUCACUGAGGCGCAUGAUUUGCGUGUAGACAACAGUGCUGAUACCUGUACAUACAGUUUGAGAAAAGUGGUUGGUUGGAUGAGCAUAGAAGGGAUGUCCGAUGAAGGAGACGUAGAUAUGAUAAAGCAACAGAAGGGCGGAACAUACACGCUAGCUGAUUUCAAGCAGAUGCUGAUGACACAGGCGAAGAAAUGGGGAAUGUUUGUUAAAGAUUCUAAGGACGAGAUGAAGAGCGGUGCAGCAGAAAUUUUAUUACUCUCGUGUUUGAAGGACAUACCGCAAGCUCCCCUGCAAGACUUCCAAGAUYUUCCAAUAAUUAUUGCAAACGGGGUGGAGUAUGUUUUACUCGACCAACUGGUGGAUUUCAUGAAAAAGAAACUUGACGAUCGGAAUGUCAUACAUGAGGCAUUGCAUGAUGUGACAGAGCAAGCACUGGYGGGCAAGGACCUUAUUAACUAUAGGGUGUGGAGUGUGGACGAGGAUGUCGUAUGUGGUACUCCAUUGUGGGAUGGAAUAUUCAUGACAGCUUUGCAUCGCCUCAGCAUUGCGACUUCUGAGACAAACAGAAAGAGGUCAAGGGAAGAAGGAUGAAAGUUGGUGGCCAGGGAAGCAGAUGUUGCUUUUCAUGCAGCAGAUGGACACACUUCAGCAGGGGAAGAAAUUGUGAGAACAGUCUCCAUCGUGCGUUUUCCAAUAAACCCAAUGUCCACGG